AUCUUUUGGAGGGAACUUUAAAAAAGUUUUACAUUAAACCGUUACUUACAAAAUUACGCGGUAUCAAAAUGAAGCAUAGUUUAGUAAAUUCAAAUUUCAGCAGAACUUAUAACCCAAGUGGUAGACAAAACGCUCUUUCAGAUAUAAAGCGGCUUUUAACAUCUCGAGAUCCAACCGCUCAAGAACAAGGCUGCGGUUAUUUGAUUGAAGUACUAAGUCGUUACAACAAAGAAUCUGACCAAAGGACUCGUCUUGUAGAAUAUUUAUUAGACAAUGAUAUAACAGUAUUUCUCUGCGAAGUAACAUCGAACUUGGAUUUAAAUUUAUUUAGAUCAUUUGUCCGCUGCGUGCGUUUGCUAUGGUGCGCGCGUCUAUUUACGGAGCAACACGCCGCGCAGUGCGCGGCAGCGGCGUUGCGCGCCCUACAGCAACACACUGGCGCUAUCGAGCCUAUGCACUUCCUGUGUGACCUGCUCAAUGGUAUAUCAGAGUUCAAAGCCAUCCCCGCCCUCUCGCCGCACAGCGCGUUCUCCGUGGAGCAGCUCCUCGCCUGCCUCUCAUCAAUAGCGCCCCGCACCAACACCGGCCCCACAGUCCUCGCCAGCGCCCUAGUCCUCCAGGCCCUGGUGUCCUACCAACCAGAGGACCUAGACCUGCGAAGCCAAACGGGGGCGAAGCUGGUAGAGGUCUUGGGAGUCUGGUUCGGGCUGCUCGUUGGGAGCUUGAAUCAUUCCAUGCUGACUGGAGACAAGAUGUGUGGGAUGUACUUCGCUGUGACGUGUAAACUUGGACUCGAUGUUAUGAGGCUAGCCAAACUACUCAACAGCGGCAAACCAAACCCCAGCUUCGUGCAAUCAAUUUUGGCCGACGAACAAGAAAUAACAGCAGCAAAGCAAUGUGCUCUCUCACUAAGGGAUUCCAUACACCGAGUUCUGCUUGAACUUGUUGGCUUUACUAAGGAAAAUCAAAGCCAGCUUUCCACAGAAGAAUACGGAGUGUUCCUGAAGUUUAUGUUGAACUUCUUGUAUGAAGUAACCUCUGAACAACUGCCAGAGUUCUGUGACGUUUUGUUCUCCAAAGGAUACCUGAUUAUGCUGCCACAGUCUCAAAUCGAUAGAAACGAUAUGACCGUGCGCAAUGUGAGCACCCUAAUACUAGGUGAAAUGCUGAAAGGUUUAGCUCAGAAGUACCUAGAAGUUGACUCUGGCUCAGACAACUACACUAGUGCAAGAGAUAUACAUAUGGGCUUAGUGGAACUCCAAAAUGGAAUAGAGCAGCCGCACAAUAUCGGAGACCAGCUACAAAAGAGACAUCCAUACAGCCUGCUCGUCUACAUUUACUUCUAUUGCCAAUCUUCUGACAAUCCUGGGGAAGCCACGGCGCCGCUGUUGCCGUACCUGACGGAGCACAUACUCCGCUUGCCAAGGAAUUUUACGCCACCUCCGUACAUAAUAAAGGCUCUUUGGCUAGUUUUUGCUAUGUCUUCAAUAUCAUCUGGCACGCUAUCCUCACUGAAGGAGCGAGUGUAUCUAGAGAAAGCCACGGACCGUCUCGUGUCCAUGCUGUGCCCGGAACCCUCCCUAUACUACACUCAUAACCCGGCUCUGCUGCUGUGGGCUUUCAUCUCGCGUCGGAUCCAUGAAAAAGUUCGGCUGCAAGUGCUAUCCCAAUGGUUCAAGAUUGAAGACUCCCUACCAUCAGAGCUGAUCUCCGACCCCGGUGUAUGGGAGCUCCUUCUCAGCAUUCUCACAUCUAGCAAGGACGCUCAGGUCCUGCAGAACUGCAACAAAACCAUCUAUAGUUGUCUGGAAGAAAUAGAUGACGAUGGGAAAGAGGACUUUGGGCUGAUUGUAUGGCCUAUGCUGCCCGAAGUGCUGUCUAAAGCUUUGAUAGACUUCGAUAGUACGAUUGAGACUAACAUAUGCUACCUCCUAGAGCUUUCCUCCGCGCUAGUCCCUGAAGAGCUGGACGACGCUCUCUGCCUGAAGCUAGCUGUCCUGACAACCGCUAUAUUCACUAAGGACAGGGACGAGGCGCGGUACAACUACGAAUUCGCUUGCCUCAGGUUUAGCUUGUACUUGUUGAGUUUCGCUAACAAGCAGAACGAUAAUAGAGUACUAGUGACAUACAUGAGCCGGGCCGGCUUCCUUCCUCGUCUGCUCUCCGUAACCAACAGCAUGGACACCAGAGUUGCCUGUAUCGCCCUACAGCUGCUCUCGUACAUCGUGCAUUACUUCACGAAGAAUAAUUAUCAACCAAAAUCCCUCCUCCAAAUCCAAUCCCACCAAAUAAUCAAAUCCCUCCGAGACGACAGCAGUUCAGAGCGCGGGGCAUCUCUGCUUCAACUACUAUACAUGGUCCUCAACUCCGGGCCAAAUUCGCCUCUCGUCCUGUCUUGUGACUUCGAGGUCUCUAAUGAGCAACAGUACGACGCGUUAAGGGCUCUGAUGUUGAGGAUUCAGAUGCUAUGUUGUAAGGAAUAUAAAAACCAACCCUCCGGCGCUUGGAAAACCCUCGGCGCUAUUUUCAGACACGCGAUUUUCAACAAAAGCGACUCCAAGCUAGUUGCCACACUGACAUCGCAACCCUGGACGCACACCCUCAUACACUUCCAAAUAACACAAGACAUCACUGAAGACUUCCUAACGUUUACUCAGACAUGGCUAAGUCUUAUGAAGAUUACGUUGAAAAACUCUAGAGAAAAGAAUAAGGGUGGGAUGUCUAAGCAUAGUUUGGUUUGUAAGACGCUGUUGUUAAUAAAGAAGUAUCUGGUAGUUGAAGAUAAAGACGGAGUUGAUGCCAGGCAAAAAAUUUUGGGAACCGUUAAAGAGAUUUUAGAGGAUUCGGAUUUGAACGUUUAA